AUGGCAUAUUUGGACGAUUGGCAUAAAACACCAGUUGCGUCACAUGAAACAUACGAAAGUCUGCGAUUAAUCAUCGACAAUUCCAAACGGGCGAUUAGACAAUUGAAAGUGAUUGGUUCACCAGUUGAUCAUUGGGAUCACAUCUUCAUUUAUGGCAUAAGCACUCGAAUGCCACCAAGAACUGUGACCGCUUGGGAAACCACAUACGAUUUGAAAGAUAUGCCAACGUUAGCCGAAGUAUGGGAAUUUUUAGAGAAAAGAGCGCGAGGUUUAUUGUAUUCAUCGAACACAUCGAACCAAGAGAAAUCAAGCAAAGGUCAAUUCAGUCAACAAAAACCAAACACUUCAAGUCAACCACCAAAGCAAAUGUCAUCGUCAAAGUCAAACGGUAAAGCCGUUGAAUGUUACAACUGCAAAGGAGCGCAUACAAUAGCGAGUUCUCAAAGCUGUAAAUCUGGCACUUGCCAACGCUGCAAUCGUGGUUUAAAGCAUAAUCGAUUACUUUGUAACACGAAUGUCAUGACGUCAAGAGCGAUUAAAUUUGAUAUGCCCUCCGGAACAUCGACAUCUCAAGGCACAAUGACAUCGAAUCAAGAGCCUCACGCAACCCCACUGGAUGAACAACAACGGCAAUCGGCCUCAAAAUUUUUAGUAUCGCAGGGUCAGAGAGCGCCUAUACUGACAACUGCCUGCGUUAAAUUACACGGCAACAACGGUACAACCAUGCUGGUGCGAGUGUUAUUUGAUUCAGGUUCAGAGGGAGACAUUAUUACCGAAAAAUGUGCAAAUCGAGCGAAUUUAUUAAAGACAAACUUUUCGAUUGAAGUUGAAGGCAUAACUGGAAGCGAAAUUAUUGAUUAUGGUGCAGUGGUGAUCAAACUAAGUGCGUGGUUUGAUGAGAGCGAUGAAAUAUUGAUAAAACGACAAUGCAUUAUUAUGAAAAAAUUACCGAUUGCGAGAAAAACCGAAUGUGCAUCUGAUAUACCAGCAUUUCGAUCGAUUACUAAAGCAGAUCCAAACUUUCACAAGGCUGGAUAUGCGGAUAUUCUGCUGGGUAUCAACACAUGGUCGGAUGUUGUAAUGAAUCACUUAUUGUGGAGUGGAGAAGGAUUGUGUGCGCAAUUAACGAGAUUUGGCUAUGCAAUCUUCGGAUCAGUCGAGGUGCAACAAAAACCGAUCAAGAAAUUGGUAAUAACGAAAGUGAAUGUGAAUGAGUCAGAAUCACAGCGAUUAGAUGAAAUCCUCCGACGUUUCUGGGAGGAAGAAGAAGAAAGUGAUGUUGAGCGAAUGUUUUCAGCGGACGAAUUGAAAGCUGAAGAAUUUUACAAAGCCACCACCAAAAGAGCGAAAGAUGGAAGAUUCAUUGUUAGAUUGCCAAUGACCAACGAAAUACAAUUGGGCGAUUCAAGAGAAAUAGCAUACCGAAGAUUCAUGCAAUUGGAACGACGUUUAGAAUACGAUGCAAAUUUGCGAGAAAAAUAUCACCAAGCCAUGCGCGAUUUAUUGUCAUCAG